CUCAUUAUCAGUGCCUCUAAGUAAUAGUUUUAACCUCAGGAUAAGAGAGACCACUUGACACAAAAAAAAACACAGAUAAGAGAACUGCUAUUGCUUGAAUUAUUCAUUAUGGUACAGAAAGGUGCAUUCAUCUCAACCAUACAUAUAGUCUGCUGUAAAACACAAUGCCAAAGUAGUCAACAAAGUCUGAUAUACUGAUGUUUAUUAUUGAAAAUCCUCAUCAGGCCCAAUGAGUAGACAGACAUUAGACGCCAUUAAAGUGCUGCCCAGAGGCAACUUUUCAAGCAGAUUGCAGAAGAUCAUGUGGUUUAUUGUGCAAUGGCGAUGUGUUUGUUGAGUGGCUUGCUCUUUUAAAGCCCCUGACAAAAUAUAUCAAAAGGAAGGUGAAUGCAUACAAUCUUCAAUCUCAAUAUAUUCAUUUGAAUGAAGCAUACCCCUACAUUUCAGCGAUGGAAGCAGUCAACAGUAUGUCUUAAAUGUAAAAAAUAAAUAAAAAUCGAUCCAUCCUUGCUUGCUCCGUCAUCAACCAAGCGCUGAAACAAUGUCCUGAGCUGGAUGACCUGAGCAGGGUUCUUGUGUAUCUCUGGGGUCAGAAAGGUCAACACAUUGUGUAGAUGCACCCUGUCAAGAAUAUAUUUUCCUUGAUGAGGAGCGGGGGGACUUCACGCCUAGCCCCCGAGUAUCACCUUACCUUCAAACACUGGGUCAUUGUCUGUGCUCACAGACUAUGGGUGCGAGAGUUUGGAUCUCUCUCUAUGGGAAUAGAGAGAGAUCCAAAUGUUUUCUUCACACUUUCUCGUGGGAGGAAAAGUGUAACGUCAUGGCAUUUAGUAACCUUGUGUGCAUGGAGUUCACUUGCAGCCCAGACCAGUAAAGGAUUGUGGAGGGUCUUAGAGGAACGUUUACUUGCUAUAAUGCGUUUGCGGUUCUGCCUGGGUGCUCAGGGUGUCUGAUGUUGCGCACACAUACGAUCCUGCAUUUACGGGGGUUUUGGGUUUCGACCAGGCAGCGCUGUGCUCCUCAAGCUACCGUUACCUGGAGACUCUCAUCACUAAUUUAGCAGACCAACAGCCCAUGGCAGGGUCGGAGAGGUGGAGGGGGAGCGGGGAAGACUUUCUGCGUCGCAAGCCAGGGCAGCAUCCAGCCAGGCUUCCAAAGGACAAAGGAGAAGCCAGAUCUGGGGCCAAUGCAGAACGGGGAGGCAAUGAGCCCGCAGGAGCAGGAUCCAAAGGCUUCUGUGCCCACGGAGGAGGACCACAACCAGAGCCAGGUGGGAACGGUGCCCUCGGCUCCACCGCUACCCCCCUCAUCGCCACCUCCGCCUGGACCACCGGAGUACCCGAGGCCCAGGCUGGUUUUCCACACCCAGCUGGCCCACGGGAGCCCCACAGGCCGCAUUCAUGGAUUUACCAAUGUGAAGGAGCUGUAUGCUAAGAUCGCUGAGGUGUUCAAUAUAUCCCCCUCUGAGAUCCUCUUCUGCACCCUAAACUCUCACAAAGUCGACAUGCAGAAGCUCCUGGGGGGGCAGAUAGGUCUAGAAGACUUCAUCUUCGCCCACAUCAGGGGGGAGACCAAAGAGGUGGAGGUCACCAAGACUGAGGACGCCCUCGGUCUCACCAUCACAGACAACGGAGCCGGCUACGCUUUCAUUAAGAGAAUAAAGGAAGACAGUACCAUAGACCAGCUGAAGACUGUAUGCGUGGGAGACCACAUUGAGGCCAUCAACGACCAGAGCAUCGUCGGAUGCCGACACUACGAAGUAGCUAAGAUGCUAAAGGAACAACCGAGGGGAACUCCCUUCACACUCAGACUGGUAGGGCCUAAGAAAGCCUUCGACAUGAUUGGCACGAGGACAAGAGCACCCAAGUCCAGCGACGGUAAGAUGGGGAACGGGAAGGAGACCCUGCGGCUGCGGUCCAAGGGGGCCGCGACCGUACAGGAAGUGCCCAACGAGUUUGAAGACAGAGCCACCAAGAAAGUGGAUGACCUACUGGAGAGCUACAUGGGCAUCAGAGAUGUUGAACUAGCGACCACAAUCGUGGAGGCAGGCAGAGAUAAGAAGAACCCCGAUGACUUUGCCGAGGCCUUGGAUUCGGUGCUGGGAGACUUUGCGUUCCCCGACGUGUUCCUGUUUGACGUGUGGGGUGCUAUCGGGGAUGUGAAGAACGGCAGAAUGUAGGAGGAAAGCGACGGGGAGCCUGCUGCGAUCUCCCUUUCUGUCACAGCAACCCAUAUCACUGACUUGAACUAUCACAACCCCUCGUUUGACGAUGAAAUUGCGGGUAUUUGCUUUGACACGCUGAACAAAAUGACCAAAUAUUACACAAAACGUGGCCGUCAUUGGGCAUGGUUCUGAUUGUUUGUGUCCACUAAGCAGGGCUGGGUGGGGAUACUGAAAAAUACUAGGAAGCACCAGGAAUGCAUCUCUGAAAACAGAAAGUGAGAUAAUGAAGCUGUUUAUUCCCAAUGCAGAGGGAUGGGACAAACAGCAAAGGAGAGAUACGUUUCGGUCUCAGAGACCACCCAUCAGUCAGAGAUUUAUAUCUCACCAAUGUUCACAAACAAUAUCCAUCGACCAAGGCUGUGAAGCCAUGGAGACUCCAUACAUCAGGUGGUUGAGUAAUAGCACAUUUGAUUGAAAGGAAUUGCAAGGGUAAAGUACAGUGUUACCACAUAGGGACAAAAUAUAAGGCUGAAUAAAUGUCUUAAUCUACUGGAACAUUCUUAGCAGUGAUCCCGGGGGAGGUCUACAUUGUAUUUAGCCAGUUUUAGAUGGUUUCCUUAAACCUAAUGCAACCAAACCAAGCAUUCCAAUAAGUCACUAUUGUGAAAGGAAACAGUACUCGUCAUUUCCCCACUCCUUAUAAAGUCCACAUGUUGACUACUGUGAGUUUUCUUUCAGGAAAUGCAUUAUCUGUGCCUAAAGGUGAUUGAAGAUUGGUACAAUAACCUAAUAACUCAAAUUUGUGUAAAAUGUGUUUGAAACAUCUGAUUCUUAUGUCUUUAUCUUGCCUGAGCAAUGAAGGUCUUCAUACAUCUUCCGACGCAAUCUCCCUCGAGUUAUGGUCUAAUGUUUUGGUUCAAAGUGUUUCUGAGCACAAUAGUUCUACAAUAUAUAUAAUUUAGAGGUUUGUCUUAUUGACAUCAUGUACAUAGGGGUGUCACAUGCCCUUGGAAAUAAAGAAGACAUACUAGUUAUGAAUCAUUAAUGUAUAAACGUAUUGGUUUAAAAACUUUGUUGAGUGUUUCUUGUCCCAAUGGCCUCAUUAUUGUCACUGAAAAAUAUGACUGUGUGGUUAUUAUAGAGUACUUCAAUAGCUAAAUCAUAAGCUACUCUAUGGAGACCUGAGAAUAAGGCAUAUUUCAUGUGUAUCUAAGGUUCAAAUUAACAAUAAAACAUUGCUAAUCUUAAAUUGUUGUGUCAUUGUGAAUUCAAGACCAAUUCAUUAAACUGUAACAACUUCUUAACUCGUUACUUUUACUGUAUGUUACUAAAGUAGUCCAUCCAAGUUAAUU